CGUGGUAUUCUUAUUGCCUUCAUCGUAAUUCAUGCCGUCACCUGCCCUAUGACUAUUUUGUUGAAUCUGUUGGUGAUGAUCGCUGUGAAGACUAAAGUCCGUCUCCAGAGCAUGUCUAACAUUGCAUUAGCCUGCCUAGCCUCGACUGACUUGAUGGUCGGAUUAGUGGGCCAGCCUCUCCUUAUUGCUAUGAUGGUCAACCUCUUAAAGACCACAGCCAAAGCAUGCUCUCUACAAACUGCCGUCAAAUUUUUCGCUCACUUUUUCAUGUUCGCUUCCUUUAUUCAUCUGUUCCUGAUAACUAUGGAUCGGUGCAUUGCUAUCACGCGUCCCUAUGUCUACAUUCAAGCCGUUACCAAGGCCCGUGUACUGACUGGCACGGCUCUUGCAUGGACACUGACUGUAAUCAUUCACAUCGUAUUCUUCCUCGACCAUGGAUUGUUUGAAGUUAUUAACAGUGUGCUCGUAUCUGCAUUUAUUGCGAUCAUCCUUCUUUGUAAUGCGAUAAUCUAUCGAGAGGCUCGCCGACAUGAAAAACAAAUAUCCUCUCAGCAAGUCGAUUCUGCGACAAGAGAAAACUUUUUAUCUCAAAAGCGAGCCUUUUAAAUUAACACUGACGAUCAUUGCAUUUGUAAUAAUAAGUUUCAUGCCUAUGGUUAUUUUUAGGAUUAGUAUAGAGUGCCUGAAAGACAUCGUAACCUUAGGAACAUUAUGGGCCAUACGUGCGGCUGCAAGUAGCUUAGCGGUGUUGAACUCUUUUGUUAAUCCUUUGAUUUAUUAUUUAAGGUUAAGACAGUUUCGAGUCGCAUUGAUCGAAUUACUGAUGAGGAAAAAUCGCAAUGAAGCUGAAGAAUUUGAGAAGAAGAUAUUUGGA